AAAAUGUAGAUCUUAAAUGAAGGCGGGUACGCUUUUUCAUACGAUCAUUGUUUUGCACAUUUACAGAACGGACCUGGUGAGAGCUCAAGUAAGACAACAGACAUGGCCUCACACAAGCCUACUGAUUUGCUAGCAGGACUCAGACAGCAAUGUCUUGCCAGGGGAGCGGCUGGGAUCAAGGGACUAGGAAGGGCAUUCCGCAUAAUGGAUGAUGAUGGCAACAAGUCUUUGGACCUUCUGGAGUUUACAAAGGGAUUGGAGGACUAUGGGCUGGUGGUGAGCAAAGAGGAGGCCCAGCAGGUCUUUAAACUGUGUGACAAGGACAGGAGUGGCACCAUCAACUUUGAUGAGUUUCUAGAGAAUCUGAGGCCUCCUAUGUCCAGUGCCAGGAUCACUGUGAUUAAUCGGGCUUUUAAGAAGUUGGACCGGACGGGGGAUGGGGUGGUGACGGUGCAGGACCUGUGUGGUGUCUACAAUGUCUCACAACACCCGAAAUAUAAGAGCGGGGAGUGGACGGAGGAGCAGGUCUUCCUAACCUUCCUCAACAGCUUUGAUUCCCCCAACGACAAAGACGGCAAGGUGACCCAAGAGGAAUUCCUGAACUACUACAGUGGAGUGAGUGCAUCUAUCGACACCGAUGAAUACUUUGUUACUAUGAUGCAGAAUGCCUGGAAGCUGUAGACACAAAGUGUAACCUUGUUUGAUCAUUCUGAUCUUGCAAAUGUACAUUCUGUUUCACUAUCAUGAAGUGAAUCCAAACAGUUAAUCAAAACGCAGAAGGCAAAUGAAGGCAGUAGUUGUUGUAGUUGUUGAUUUUUUGCCAUACACCUGUAGCUACAUCAUCAUCAUGUAAAUCUUUGCCAAAUAAACCCUCUUUGUAGUA